UGUUCUCAACCAGCUUCUCUGACGCGCGGUCUUGCACUCGAACGAGACGCAGAAGACGAAUAAACGAUUGGCGGAUUUCGCUAUGAUGAAUCAGAGAACGGCUUGAAAAUUGCAUUCGGUACAAUUGCCGCUGAUUUGCAUAUACACGGGAACGCCACUUUCCUGGACCGAGCGACGUGGCACGCAAUACGUGCCUAAUUAUUUUCUUGCAACUUUUCUCCCUCUUAUGCGCUCGGCUGCAAUAUAAUGAUUUGCGAGGGAAAUCUCUCCCGUCGUUUUUCAACCUCUCUCUCUCUCUCUCUUACUCAUCGUGGAAUAUUCAUACUUCGCUUUGGCACGCAUAAACUCGACUUUAUUCUACGCAUAAAAAAAGCGAUGUAAUAAUUUAACGAAGCUUUAUUCGUUUUUUUAUUUUUUUUCAUGUAUCAGUUUCAGAAAAUAAACGAAGUUCUUGUACAUGUUACGCAUUUCAGAAUUAUCGAGCUCUCAUUCACUUGAGAUUUAAUUAAGAAAAAUGAUGUAUCAAUGAAACGGCGAUAUUCUGCCUAUUUAAUCUUUAGAAAAAAAUUUACUUUGACACAAAAAGUUGAUACUCGACGCGGAAGAUUAGAAGAUUACGUCAAACAACAAAUAGCGAUUUCUAUUAAACUUUUAUCCAGUACUUUUAUACGGAGAACUGACUCUAAAGCAGAGCGCUUCAAGUGCGGGUAGAACUUGCAGGUGACAUCGCGAAUCAAUUAUGCAGCGCGAUAUGAUGUAUUGCAAAAAGUCAAAGUUGGAAGAUACAUGUUUCGUUUUCCCAGAUACGCAAACGAUUUUUUUUCGCAGAAAUCGAUUGCACGCGCGGAAAGAUAAUGGUAUUUAUUUUCAUAGACCUCUCGCAGACGAGGCCGAGGUCGCGCGUGCAUUCAUAAAAAGGUCUAGUGCAGUGACCUUGAAGUUACUCGCUGAAUGAACAUAAGGCACACCUGUGACAAUCGUGACCGUCGCUGGAAUGUACGAUAGCGGUACAUAUAGAUUAGUAUCGCGAGCACGAUAGAGAUUUAAUGGAAAUUGAUCCGCGUUAGCGUUAAAAUCUCUCUUUCGAGCGAUAAGUUCGACGUAUCAAUUUUAUUUGAAUUAUAGGGAAGAUAUAUAUAUAUAUAUUUAUUACUGAUUCGCAAGAUUUCCGUCAAAGAAUAAGAUACGGUGUUUAAACAGCUGAACUAACGGAAUUAAUAUGCAGAGAACGAUCCGGGUGUCUUCGACCAUGACGUUCCCCACUCAAACCUCAGGAGCGGACUUUUAUUUAUCGACACCGAAUUAAUUUAUUCAUUCUUUCUAUUUUGUCAAAUCAUCUUUCAUUAAGAAAAAAUUAUCUCAAAAUUAAUUCUGUUAUUAAAAAGACAUCCGACGGUUUUAAGAUACUCUGUAAGCGAUAUUUUAUUACAACCGUGGUGAUGUAUCAGCGAUCAGCUCGGGGCCGGUGAUACUUUAGAUCCAUCACCGUCACAAUUGGUGAACACGAAACCGGUCAGUCUAUCGGUGCGUUGGUAGAAGAUGCAGAGAAUUUCUUUUCCUUGUGAAUUCUAGAGAGAAUCCUAUCGUUUUACGGUUAUAAGUGAAAGAUACGCGAAGUGAUUAUAUAUUUAUUUAUUAGGAAUUUAUUAGGAAUUAGGAAUAAAUUCAAACCGCAUCUCGAUUAUGUCGAGGCAGCAGAGACGUGUGUUUUUUCGAUUACUUCAAAUCGUCGUUUGUCUUGGCGUUAUCUUGUCGACGUUAAAAUUGUCUAUUAUUAUUAUUGGAGAUGAGGAUAAACCUCUUCCCGUCGCCGAUGAAUUAAGAAAGCUGUUGAUCGAAGCUGAAAUGGACAACACACGACGAUUGUUGAAUGUCGAAAGAGUAUGCAAAAACUAUAAUUUAGGCUCCUAUCGAAAGCUCGCCGAAGAUUCGUUGUUCAAACAUCCGCCCGCGCCGCAGUACAGCGUCUUCUAUAUGGACAGACUACACAAUAUAUCGUAUUGCCCGGUGUACAAAGCCGGCACUACGACCUGGCUCUACAAUCUCUGCCUAUUGAUGAAUGUGCCCAUGGAGACGCUGAAUAACGGCAGGGAACAAUUGUCGACCAUCGCCAGGAGGGCGAUACCGGAACUCGAGUACCCCGAGGCGGAACGAGUCUUAAACGCGAGUAGAAGGCUUUUGGUCGUUCGACAUCCGUUCGAGAGGCUGUUGAGUGCCUAUCGCGACAAACUCGAGAACUCUGUUGCCGGCCGGGAACACGGGACAUUGCACUUUUAUCGCAAGUACGGAGCCAAGAUCGUGAAGAAAUAUCGCAGAAACAAUUUUACGGAACCACGAUCGGAUCAGGUGAUUCGGCGCGAUGACAUACCGUCACCAGCCGGUGUGGAGCCGACUUUUCGAGAGUUUGUCGAUUACGUGAUCGACACCGAUCUCGGAAGUUAUGGCGACGAUCACUGGAUGCCAUAUUAUCUCUAUUGCACGCCGUGCCUCGUCAAGUACAGCAUUAUUGCGAAUGUGGAAUCGUUGUGGCGAGAUCAAGUGUACGCGAUCAAUAAGUUUGGAUUACGGGACAAGAUCAAGCCCAGAUGGAGGCAUAGUAACAGUCACGUCAACGCUUCCAAGAUAUACUUCCGUCAAUUAAACAGAGCGACGGUGCGGAAGCUCCAUGAAAAGCUGAGACUGGAUUUCGAGCUUUUCGAUUAUUCACCCGAUAUUUAUUACGAGUACGCCACGUCCGCGGAUUAAUUGUACGUCGAUCGAAUAUAAUCGAAUGUAAUUUUAUAAUAAUGACCCAAUGCGCCGCGAUGAUGUUCGAU